UUACGUCAUGCAUGAUUUCAUUCAUGUAAAAAAAAAAAAGAGAAGAAAAAGCAACAAAAUAAAUACAUACAGUUGUGAAAAUAUAACUUUUUAUCCAUACAUGUGUAUUCUUUUUUUCCUCUUUUCUCGUGAUUUUCUCUAACAAUUUUUCAUCAAUCCCCCAAAAGCCAAAAAUCUCUUCUAAACAUUUUUUUGCCUAAUUUUUAGUAAAAUCUUUUGAUUUUUCAUCCUUGUAGCUUAAUCUAUCUGCAUGCAAAACAAGAACGUUUGAAGAAGAGGAGGGUUUAUCUUUCUUGCUUUCUUGGUUUUGUGUUUAUUCCUCUAAUUCAAGAAAACCAUUUUUUUUUGUUUAUUUGUUGCCCUCAAGCUUUUUAAAAAUUUUGGGUUCUUGAGAGAGUGAAUAGAGCAGAGAAGAUUAAUGGAAAAUUUAUGGAAUGUGUUGCAUGGAAUGAGGCCACUUUUGCUUAUGAUUAUGGGGCAAAUGAUACUUGCAGGAAUGAAUAUUGUGUUCAAACUUGCAACCAGUGAUGGCAUGAAUUUUAGUGUUUUGAUCUUUUAUCGCUCUCUUUUCGCCUCUGUUUUCAUGGUCCCUUUAGCAUUCUUCAUUGAAAGGGGAAAAAGAGUCGAGCUAACAAAGAUGGUUUUAUUUCAAGGAUUUCUGUGUGGUCUACUUGGGGGAUCAUUAGGCCAAAACAUGUACCUGCAAAGCUUGGUCUACACAUCACCAAUUUUUAUCUCAGCCAUGUUCAAUCUCAUCCCUGCCAUUACCUUUAUUGUUGCCAUCAUAUUGAGGUUAGAGAGGUUGGGUUGGCAUUCACCAGCAGGUAAAGCAAAGGUAUUUGGGACGAUCGUUUGCAUCAGUGGAGCAAUGCUCCUAUCACUCUACAAAGGGCCAGAGAUAAAUAUGGGGAGAACAAACAUAAACUUGUUGCAUUCCCCAAAACAUAAGGGAGAAAGUAAACCUUUAAUAGGUGCCUUUCUUGCCAUAGCUGGUUGUACUUGCUAUGCGCUAUUGUUGAUUGUUCAGGCUAAGGCAGCUAAGCGAUAUCCAUGCCCUUAUUCAUUCACUGCUCUACUGAAUGUAAUGGCAGCAGUUCAAUGUUUUGUUGUUGCAGUAGUUGUGGAAGGAGAUUGGAAUCAAUGGAAAUUGGGAUGGAACAUUAGACUUCUUGCUUCAGCAUAUACGGGGAUAUUUUGUUCUGGAGUACUGUUUACUAUCAUUGCAUGGGUUGUCCGGAUGAAAGGCCCGGUAUAUGUAUCCAUUUUUAACCCUUUGAUGCUUGUGAUGGUGGCAAUUACUGGAUACUUGUUCAUGGGAGAGAAGUUGUUCGUCGGAAGCAUCCUUGGAUCAGUCGUGAUAGUGUGUGGACUAUAUGUUGUCUUGUGGGGAAAAGAUAAAGAAAUCAAGAAAGUCAGCCAGUUGGUACCGGAUAAAGAAGAGAUUGACAUAAAAUCUAAUUCAUCGCGUAAAGGCAGUAGCCAUGGUGGUAGUAGCAAAAGGGAGGAAAAAGAAGAAGAACAAGAAGAGAAUAAGAGGGAUUCACAGGUUGGUUCUGAAAUAUUAGGAGGUAUUUACAUUUAUCACUAAAAGAUGAUGGACUAUAAUGUAUCAUCAAGAAUUGAUAAAACAAGAAAUACCAUUCAGAAGAAGUUUUGUGUCGAUUACAUGACAAGCUAGAACUAGCUAAGCCAUUUUGUUCAUGUUGUUUUCUUUUUCUUUUUCUUUUUCUUGUCGAGAAUUGACAAAAAAUGCAUUCCAAUUAAGAGGAAAAAAACAUUUUUUCUUGUGA